AUGCAGCACAGCUCGCCACGACAGGCCGACUUCGGGCUUACCGCUACUGGCGCGCCUCCAUCGUCGUCCAUGGCGCCUCAGACGGAUUCCCUGUCGGCACCUCGUCGAACACUGUCUGAGCGGGUACCAUCUCCUGCGCUGCACCGCGGUGGCGCAGACGGCGAGAGGAGUGUUAGACAUCCUGGGCAGGGCACGGAGGCUGAGGGUGCGGCGUCGGGAGCGACCCUCACGCGCCGAGUGAAUACGCUCUCGACGACUGGCAGGAUGGUCAGGCUCGAGCGUAACAGGGCGAGGCUAGCAUUGCAAGGAGUCGGUCUCUCUGAGGAGGAUCAGGAGUUCUACGUCCCGCCCUCACCCGUUCGAGGUGGACCGUACUCGACCUGGACCGACCACGGUCAUGCCGAUCCCGCGACCUCUUCUGCCGGUGCGGCCCCUCCUUCAUCCGCCUCGACCGCCGAAGCGGCUUGGAAGCGCGCCGAGCAGCAGGAACAGCUUCAACCCGCCUUUUCGACUUCACUCGCCUCUUCCCCUCCUUCCGCACCGGUCGUUCCCGCCCCGCCCGAAUCGAAGCGCAGCUCGUUCGUCGUCGUGCGAGGAGGAAAGGGCGACCAGGCGCUUACGGAGCGCAAGUCGCAUCACCCGCACUCGUCAGUCUCGUCAGCGAAUGCCACUUCGCCUCCUCCGACUGCAUACCCAUCUUCGCCGUCUCAGGACGAUGGAGGCUCGCAGGACCAGCCUCUGCGGCACAAGAACUCGCUCAAACCGUUCUUGGAGCAGGAGAGGCAGCAGCAGGGCGGUCGGGAUGUGGAGGAUUGGGAGACAGGGCUCAUGGACGAGCGGAAGAGUGGCGCAGAGGGUCCUGGUGGUAUCUCGGAGGAUGACUGGCAGGACGACCCAUACUCGACGCUCAAGACUCCACCGCUUUCCGCCAACUCGUUUCCGACUCAGCUUUCUUCGCCCUUCGCUCCUGCCGGCGCAAGCUACCAGACGACUCAGCCUCGCCGCGGCAACACCACCGACCCGUGGCUUCCACCGUCUUCAGCUUCCGUCAUCCCCUCCCUCGCCGGCGCCAACGACGAUCCCGCCCUCGUCCGCCGCCACCAGUCGCUCAACUCGUUUCGCCGCCAGCGUGAGACCUCGAUCGAGCAGACGCUCUCGUCAUCGCCUGCCUCGAGCGCAGGCUGGCCGACGGAGGGCACCUCAGUGCUUGCCGACGAUCUCCACCAGCCUCGCCAACUCGGCUCAUUCGCGCUCGCAUCCGCCUCGACCAUCAGCGGCUUCGGCUCGCGCACCCGUUCCGGCACGAGUCCCGCCCCUCUCGCUCUCCACCACUCGCAUUCGCUCAACUACGGUCCCAGUACCUCCUCGCCUUCGCUCGGCGGCGCCCGCCUUACCCACUCGAACUCGCUCUCGUCUGCUCCAGCUGGUGCGACGGGUCUCCAUCACUCAAACUCGCUCGGUUCGAGGUCCGACUCGGGCGCGACGAGGGUCUUGAGUCCGGUCGUGAGCGCGUUUGGCGGUGCGAGGAGUCCUUGGAGUCCAACCGAGGAGGAGACGAAGCAGCUCGGGAUGAACACCUCGUUCGGCUCGUCUGGCGCGCCAGGCGGUGGAGGCGGGUCAGGCUCACUCAGUCGCGGCGGAAGCGGCAGUUCGCACGGGAGCCACUCGCACAGCGGUGAAGGCGUUAAUGGCGGAGGGCCUGUCUAUGCCGGCGGACGCUUCGCCGACGAGGUCAGGAAGCUCGACGACGCGAUGGGCGGGAUGCAGCUAGGGACGCUUACGGCGUCGCCCGGGCCGCUUGUUGCAGCCGGUGUUGUCGAGCGCAACUCGCCCAGCCCGAACGCCAUCGCCGGGCAGCAGCAACAGCAGGCUCCCGGACGUCGUCUCGCGCCGCUCAUGACGACUGCCGACACGCUCGGUCCCGCAUUCGGUACGCGUCAAGGUCCUGCCAGCGCGGCUGCCUUCGUCCCGCCCAUUGGACACUCGCACUUCCCGCACCACCAGCUAGACGGCAUCAGCGAAUACGGCCCGCUUCCGACGCACAAUGGCGCCGCACCUGCCACUUUCUUGCACGACCAGGCUCAGCAGCAGAUGCAGCAGGGUCAACCCGGCUCGCAAGGUCCGUCGCCCGCGCUCAACCAGAACGGUUUCGCCACGUACGACCCGUCCGCCCGUGCCAAUUUGACGGCUGUUCCUGGCCCGAGCGCGAACGACUGGCAUCGGCAGAAAGAGUUGCUCGUCGGCGGAGCGACCCCGACGGCUGCCAACCCUCGUCCUUUCCCUCCCGCUGCCGUCGGUCCGAACGAUUCGAACGCGAACGAAUGGCAGUCGCAGGCGGCCAUUCAGCAGAUGCACCAGCAGCAACAGCAGAUCUCGGCGCUUCAGGCGCAAAUGGCUCAAGCGCUGUCGGCCAUGGAUGCGAUGCGCGCCCAAGGCGCCGUCUUGCCCGCCAACUUCGAUCUCGGCGGCGCUCUCCGCGUCGUUACGAACGGCGUUGGUGGUCCUACGGCUAGUGGAGGUGCAAGCGCGAUGGCCGACUUGCCUGCCGAAACGCCCAUCGACAUCAACGGUCUCGUGCAGAAGAAGGGCUACAAUCCGCCUGUCUUCGACCUUCAUCCAAAGAACGCGCGCUUCUUCGUCAUCAAGUCGUAUACGGAGGAAGACGUGCAUAAGUCUCUCAAGUACGAGAUCUGGGCGUCGACGGACCUCGGCAACAAGCGUCUCGACCGCGCCUUCCGCGAGAGCGCCGACAAAGGCCCGAUCUACCUGUUCUUCUCGGUCAACGGCAGCGGCCACUUUGCCGGCAUGGCGCAGAUGCUCACGCCCAUCGACUACUCGAUGUCGUCGAACGUCUGGGCGUCCGACAAGUGGAAGGGAGUUCUCAAGGUCCGCUGGAUCUACAUCAAGGACGUCCCUCUCGCCGCGCUACGCCACAUCCGCCUCAGCAACACGCCCGAAAACAAGCCCGUCACCUCGUCUCGCGACACGCAGGAGGUUCCGUACGACGCCGGCCUCGAGGUCUUGCGCAUCAUCGCAAGCUACCAAAGUCGGACGAGCUUGUUGCAAGACUACGCCUGGUAUGAGGCGCAGUUCAGAAGGAAUCAGCAGAUCGCCGGAGAAGGGCAAGGCGUCAGUGCGGGCGAUGCCAGCUCGCCACAGCCGCCGCCGCAUUAUGCCCCGACGACAUCGCCCCAGCCGCCUCAGCAAGGUGGCGACGUCAACAAGUCGCCGCGUCAGCAGGCGGGUGGACGUCGGUUCUGGAAUCGCGGAGGAGGACCUGGCCAGAAUGGCGCACCCGUUGGGCCGCCUCGAGGUGGUCAGCCUGGCGCGCCUCCUCCCGUGCCUCAAGUCCCGCCACAGUACGCCAUGCCUCAGCAGCAACAGCAGCAGCCGAUGCUCCAGCAGCCUUACUACCCGGGUCAGCCGCCAACCGGUCCUGGCGCCUUCUGA